AUGGGGGGUGGUGGCUGGUGUCGGAUCGUGGUGCUGCGCGCUCCCAGGGAGUGCGCACAGUCCAAAAUGGUGGGUGCCAUUCAGGGGCGGACUGACAACUCAUGGGGCCCCCAGGCAAUAGGGGAUCAUGGGGCCCCUGUGUCCUUGCCCAAACUCAAAAAAAGCCUAUGAAAAAGGUACCAGGGGCAUCUCAUGGGGCCCCCUACUGACCCCGGGCCCUCGGGCAGUGCCCGAGUUUCCAAAUGGUCAGUCCGCCCCUGGUGCCAUUUAUGAACGGCAACCCACCCCUGG